UAAAGGAAUAUGGGAUGAGUCUGUUGAAUGGAGCUCAGAGUGAGUUGAGUCCCACUGAAGUCUGCGCUCCAGAGAAAGCCCAAGGACAGCAGGAGCGACACAGGAGACAUGAGACACUGAACAAAAACCACCCAGAUGAAUGAGGAAUGAAAAGCGGAGAGAAGGUCGACGGACUGAGGGAGAAGAAGUUAUGAGCCGGAUUGCGACGAAUUACCGGGGAAGGUGUCCGUGAGCGGAGAAAGCCGACUGAAGGGAGGUGGGGGGUGGGAGAGAGAGAGAGAGAGAGAGAGAGAGAGAGAGAGAGAGACAACAAAGUCACAAGUGCAGUCUGAGUUCAGAGGCAGAGCUCUGAAUCCUCGCCAUGGCAGACGUGCUGGAGAGCGGUGGCGGCGGGUCAGGAGCCGUCAGAGUGGCCAGCGUGGAUUGGCAGAAACGCUGCAUCGCUCUGGAAAUGCAGCUACUGAGGUUCCGGCUCCAGGCGGGGAAAAUCCGAGAGCUGCUGGCAGAGAAGAUGCAGGAGCUGGAGCAGAGGGUGACGGAGGCUGACCAGCGGGCUGAGAGUGCUGAGAAACAGAUCCAUGUCAUGGAAGAAAAGCUGAAGUCUGCAAACAUACAACCCAGCGAAUCAGAGAGCUCGUUGUACAGGAAGUAUCAAGACCUCACCAGUCAGGUUCAAGAAAAAGAUGCUGUGAUAAAGAGAUUAGAGAUACAGCUGGAAAAACAGAUCUUAGUCAGAGCCCAGGAGGCAAAAAUUAUUGAGGAGAAGGCUGCCAAGAUUAAAGACUGGGUCACCUUUAAGCUUAGAGAGAUGGAGCAAGAGAACCAGCAGCUGAAAAUGGCCAACCUGAAGCAGACAGAGCAAAUAAUGUUGCUGCAGGACAAAUUACAAGCUCCCGUGGGAAAGAGACUGAGUUACUGGUGUUGUCUUUCCGCUCCAGCUCUCUUAGAGAAACCUGCAUCCUCUGGAUCCCCUGCCACCUCCCCUGUAAUGGAUACCCACCUGGUGCCCAGCAGUCCGCUGUUUCCUCCCAGCUGCCCCGGCACACCACCUGCCCAAGAUGACAGCUGGAGACAGACGGGUCCCCGCGGAGCCGCCUCUAAUAGCAAGACCUCGCCAGAUGUGAAAAGGACUCCUGAACACUCCAGUAAAGGGAUUUGUCUCGGAGACCUUGCAGCCCAUGAUGCUCUCUCUCAGGGUUGGAGCAGGGAGGGUCCUAGCAGCCCUGUUUCCAUUAGUGGACCAGAGCUUCCAGUGGGCCCAGAGGGCCCGUCAGGGUGCUCUGACAGAGACAACUCCUCCGAUGAGCUCAACAGCAAGUUUCGCUCUCAGUGCCUUCACUCGUCCUCUUCCUCUUCAUCUUCAUCCUCAGCCUAUGAGAUGGCCCAUGGACCGAGCUCCCCAGAGUCAACCAUCAGAAUAACACCCAAAAGCCCGCUCCUGUCGCGCUCCCCCUCGACCAACAACCCCUUCCCGAAUCCUCCGGUUCACCAGUCAGGCACAAGCAUGACGUUACCCAAAGUACGGACACCGCUCACCCCCAGAGACAGCAUCCAGCUGGUCAAGAAGCAUUACAGCCAGCCGCAGCCCAGCCUGGACCGACUUCACCACCUCAACGUUAACAUAGACAUCAUGACCCCAUCCUCCACUUCCUCUACCCUCAAGAGCACAGGCACCUUGCCCUUCUCGCAGGUUGUGGAAGAAACAGACAUUGAUGACGGGCUUCCUGACAGCAUGGACGGGGUGGUGGAGGGGUCGGGAUCAGAGGACCCAUCCAGGGAUGGAGUCUCCUUUGUGGGACUCGCUGAAGAACUGGAGCGGCUGGAUCCAGAAGUUCUGAAGCCACCAACGCCUCCUUUACACCGCUUCCCUUCAUGGGAGAGUCGGAUCUACGCUGUGGCUAAGUCAGGAAUGAGAGUUUCGGAGGCCAGUCCUGGAGCCAGGGGCCCUGGACGAGGGUCCAAUUUACCCCAAUAUCCAGCGGCAGGUCCGUUCACCCAGUUAAUCUAUAAGAAUAUUAAUGUACCAGUCUAUACCACACUGAAAGGGAAAGCCACUCAGAUCAGCAGCGUACCUCUACCGGAUGAUGACUCCGGGUCUGAGGAUGACAGCAGCUCUCUGGCCAGUUUACGGACCUCCAUCUUGAGCCCCGACAGGAAGAGCAGCGUUCCUGGGAGCCCGCGUGCCGUCAAGAGAGGUGUGUCCAUGUCCUCCAUCAGCUCAGAGAGUGAUUAUGCCAUUCCUCCUGACGCCUACUCCCUGGACAGUGACUACUCUGAACCGGAACAUAAAGUCCAGCGAACCUCCUCCUAUUCCUGUGAGAGCACUGGGCCUGAGAUGCUGGAGAAGUCUGGGUACCUGCUGAAGAUGGGCAGUCAGGUGAAAGCCUGGAAACGUCGCUGGUUCAUCCUGAGGAAUGGAGAGAUCCUCUACUACAAAUCUCCUAGUGAUGUGAUCAGGAAACCUCAGGGUCAGAUUGAGCUGAACUCGUCCUGCCGUAUAGUACGUGGAGAAGGAGCGCAGACAUUUCAGUUGAUUACAGAGAAGAAGACCUUCUAUCUGACUGCCGAUUCACCCAACAUCCUGGAGGAGUGGAUCAGGGUUCUACAGAACAUACUCAAAGUCCAGGCCAGCAGCCCGGUCACCGUGGAGACCACCGCCAAGCCCACCGUGAGAGGUUGGCUUACAAAGGUCAAACAUGGACACUCUAAACUGGUGUGGUGUGCUUUGGUUGGAAAAGUCUUCUACUACUAUCGUAAUCAAGAAGACAAGUUGCCUCUGGGGCAGCUGCAGAUGCGGGAGGCCUCUGUACAGGAAGUGGAUCGCUCCUGUGACUCAGAUGAGGACUAUGAGACAGGCAGUCGCGGUUUCCUCUCCUCCCACUGCACCUUAGUGGUCCAACCGAGAGACCAGAGUCCUACGUACCUGCUCAUCGGCACCAAGCAGGAGAAGGAUACAUGGUUGUAUCACCUGACUGUGGCAGCGGGCAGCAGUGCGACCUUCAAAGUGGGCACAGAGUACGAGCAGCUGGUUGGUAAACUGCUCGAUACAGAAGGAGACCCAGAAUCUGUCUUGUGGAAGAGCGAGGCCUUGAGCUUCUGUAAGGAGGGUCUGCGCUCGCCUCUCACCACUCUGCCCUCUGAAGCUCUGCAGACAGAAGCUCUCAAGCUUUUCAAGUCCUGUCAGCUCUUCAUCAACGUGCUGGUGGAGUCUCCGUCUGUCGAUUACCACACCUCACUGGCCCAGAAUGCUUUGCAAGUGUGCCUCACCCACCCAGAGCUGCAGAAUGAAAUGUACUGUCAGCUUAUCAAGCAGACAAACCGCCGGACGCCGCACAACUACUCCCUCACACAGUGCUGGCAGCUGUUGUCCCUGUGUGUGGCUCUGUUCCUUCCUCAACAACAUUUCCUCUGGUACCUGAGACAGUACCUGCAACAUAAUGCUGACCCAAGGAGUGAGGUGGGGAAGUAUGCAGUUUACUGUCAGAGGUCUGUGGAGCGAACUCUGCAGAAUGGAGAGCGGGAGGCCAAACCCUCACGUAUGGAGAUCGUCUCCAUCCUGCUGAGGAACCCCUACCACCAUUCACUGCCAUUCAGCAUCCCAGUCCACUUCAUGAACAACACCUACCAGGUGGUGGGUUUCGACGGCUCCACCACAGUAGAAGAGUUCCUCAACACGCUGAACCAGAGGAUCUGCGUGAGGAAGCCUCAGCUGUCGGGGUUUGCCCUCUUUACUGAUGAUCCAUCCGGCAAAGACCUGGAGCACUGCCUGCAGCCGUCUGCCAAGAUCUGUGAUGUAAUUUCCAAGUGGGAGCAGGCCCUGAAAGAGCUGCAUCCUGGGAAAAAUGAGGGGACACGGAUUGUCCGGCUAACGUACAAGAGCAGGUUGUGUUUCAGAUCUCAGGUGAAAGGUGAGACAGAGCGAGAGCGCCUCCUGCUGGCGUACCAGGUGAAUGAUGAAGUUCAACAAGGCCACUUCCCUGUGAACAAAGAGCUGGCUCUUGAGGUGGCAGCCCUCAUGGCUCAGGUUGAACAUGGGGAUUUGGAGAGACCAGCUGCCUCCUCUCCUACCGGCUCUCCUCAGCCUAAGUCUCAGCUGAUCCUCCUGCAGGCCUUAGAGCGCUUCUACCCCAAACGCUACAAACAGGACUGCAGCUCAGAGCAGCUCAGAGAUCUUACUGAGCGUCUGGCCACUAAGUGGUCUAUGCUACGUGGGUGCAGUGCACCUGAGUGUGUAAGAAUUUACCUAACUGUGGCUCGGAAAUGGCCCCUGUUUGGAGCCAAACUCUUCAGUGCCAAGCCUGUCCAGCCCUCUCCCGUUGAGCAGAGCCAGGUGUGGUUGGCAGUCAAUGAAGAUGGAUUGUGUGUGCUGGACUAUACAAUGCACACGCUGGUCACAUACCCCUACCAGUCUGUGAUUACCUUUGGUGGUUGCCGUGAUGAUUUCAUGGUGGUCACGAGCCAGCAGAGGGAGCCCGGAGUCGGGAAGAAGAGCGCGGAGAAGCUGGUCUUUGCGAUGGCUAAACCAAAGAUACUGGAGCUGACUCUUCUCAUGGCCAGCUACAUGAACCACUGGAACCCCAGCCUCCCGCCUGCCUCACACCAGCCACUCGGCCACUGGGACGUAGACAGCAGGCACUUCCCCGCAAUGAACUACACCACCAAGGGCCCCACACUACUGUGAAUUGUGCAAGCAACAAAAACAACAAAGACUGUUUAACUACGGGGAGGCCUGAUGGCAAAAGUCACCUUUAGUCUGCAUUCAUAUGGAGUGUGUUGGGUUGCAUGUCUGGGUUUUUACAUUUUUACACAACUGGUACUAGGAGAUUAUUACAUAUAUAUUAUAUAUGUUUUUUUAAAUGAAGAUUUAGGUUUAGAAAUGUCAGGAUCAGUCGUCUCAGACUAUUUAUUUCUCCAACAAAAGAGUGUUUCAACUCUGCUUUAUUUAGAUUUAAGAUGUUCUAAUUCCUUGGUAAAAUUGGACGUUUAUAAAACAGUAGUUAUCUGAGGAUUUGUCGUCACUCGUCACAUUUCCACCUGCAGCGUGUUUCUUUUACUCAUCGGUCGCUGCUCAGGUUUUUUUUCCUUUAUUCUGACCGUCAUGUUUUCCAGUCUUUCAGACCUCAGACUCUUUUCUUUCAUAAAAAAAAACAAAGCUGUUGCCUUCUGAGAGCUGGGUUGACUGGAAUACAGUGUCACUGUGUAUUUACUAUGAAUGAUCACUUGUACUUGACAAAGAACCGUAGUUUGAAUUCAUUUAUGAGGUACUGUGCAAUUAGAAAGGGACUGACAUGGCAUGUGAUACUUCAGUUUCAUAGUAUCUUAAUUUGAUAUAAUCCACUCCUGAUGUUACUCUAAUUUAGAGCUGCAACAAAUAAUUAUUUUCAUUGUAGAUUAAUCUAAUGAUUGUUUCUUUUCAAUUAAUUGUCCGUAAAAUGUAAGAAAACAGAAACUAAAGUGACAUUGACAUAUUGACAACAGUCCAAAACCCAAAGAUAUUAAGUUUAAUGUCAUAAAAAAUUCAACAACAGAGUAAAUAUACACAUUUGUGAUGCUGGAUUUUUUGCUUAAAAAUGACUUAAAUGAUGUAUUCAUCAUCACAAUUAGUAGACUAAUCGACUAUUUCUUUCAACUCUACACUAAUAUAAUUAGCUAAUAAAAUAGGUAGGACAGCUUUUCCCCAAAGAAAUUUAAGAAACCUUUUGUAAUCCUUUACUAUUGUUUUUAAUGGGAUGUUAGUAUUUAGCUCACUUAUCUAGCAUAAAGCAGGCAAUUUGGCCCAGAUCUGCUACUAAUGUAAUGUAAUGUAAACAUGUAAUAUUAUUGAGGUACUCAAUAGGAAGGCUGGGAUAUAAAAGGUACAACAGUGAUAUACUUUAUCUAUUAUGCAUCUGUGAUAUUUCUGAUGGUCCUCUGAUAACAUAAUCAGGUCACUGAGUGUUUUAAUAAUCAACAAAGAGAAGAGAGGACAAAUUAAAGAGCUACCAAAAUAUUUUAAUGACUUGAACUGUUUUGGAUCAAACCACUGUCUUGCUCGUGUCCAUAUUUAGUUAUUUAUUUUAUUUCCAACAUUUUUUUUUGGCUUUUUGUUUAAAAGGGUAAUGUUUUCCACUGUCAACUGUCACAUUUAUAUUGGAAGACUUAGUUUGGUUUAUGUAACAGAGUAAUUUAAGAGCAGAGUAUGUUUGGUUACUGUAUUAGAAUGUGUUACAGAUGUUUGAAAGAUUAUGUCUUUAUGUUGCCUGUAUGUGUGUGUGCUAAUGAAAUAAACGGUGCAACGAUUCUGUCA